AUGAGAGCCAAGUCUCUUUCCACGGAGUCACCAAGUGUUUCUAAACCCACCACCUUACCUUCGGGAGGACUAGCAGCCGCUCCUGAGGCUCAAAACGAAGUUACUGACCGCGCAGUAAUUGGAGGUGCAGUCGGCGACCCGUUGAAUCGUGAUGACUUUUUUGGAGUCGACUCUAUGACGAGUGUCCGGCAGUUGCUAGAGGCGCGGGUCCAUCUGGGCCACAAGACAGGGACAUGGGACCCUCGCAUGAAACCCUACCUAUUCGGGUCGAGAGCGGGCGUCCAUAUCAUCGAUCUGGACAAGACGCUGCCCCACCUGCGUCGGGCUCUGAACGUUGCUGGUCACGUGGCCCUGCGAAACGGGAUAAUCCUGUUUGUGAGCGAGCGGUCCCAGUUUGAGCGACUCGUCCAAAAAUCCGCCCGGGACAGCGGCGAGUACUUUGUCACCCAGCAAUGGGUCGGUGGUACACUCACAAACUCUCAGAUGCUCCUCAGAACGGUUCGCCUCCCCGACCUGAUGAUAUUCCUCAGUGUGCCUCCCAGUAAGACAGCAAUUAAAGAAGCUGCCAUGUGCAACAUUCCGUCCAUUGGAGUGGUGGAUAGUGACUGUAACCCAAACCUCAUCACGUAUCCCAUACCAGGAAACGACGACACGCCGGCUGCCAUGAGUCUCUACUGCUCUCUGUUUUCAGAGGUGAUAUCGAGAGCAAAAGCCACCCGAGAGUCGCGAGAGAGGAGGGAGAGGGAGGAGGGACAGUACAAGGAGGGUGGGAGAGAGCAAAGCGAAAAAGAUGAACUUGCCAGUGAACACUCCAUUGCUAGUCAGUAG